GUAAAUUUCCGUCCUUAAAGGGUCCAUUACUAGCAUCCACUCCCUACAAGCAAUGGCUGACCAGAUCAUUUCGGUGAAAAAACGGGACAAACGCACUUGCAAAACGGGACAUGUCAGAAAAUCUUGUGACGAAAUCGAUUGGAUGUGUCGACAACAACAGACGGACGCAAGUAUGUGUCGAUAAAUAGUAGCGGAUUAAACAGCGGCAAAGUGAUAGUUCCAUCUAUAAAACUAUUCUGAAAGUUAUUUCAUCGAAAACCUUAAUGUCCGAAGCAAAAUUGUACGCGUUAUACAUUCGAUUCGUUCAUCCGUUGGAAGUUUAUUGCAAUUAAUCCGUGUCAAGCGUAUCUUGAUGCUCCAUUGUUUUGCUGCACAGCGCACUAUAGAUCGUCAUCGAGCCUCGAUAUUCUGCUGGGACGCACACACACGUAGUGAACAGAAGAUUGUGUUAUCGUUGGCUAUUCCUCUUCGCUCUCAAUGGCAAGCAUGCAGCGUACUCCACCUACUGCUAGUAGUAUCGCAAACAACACACCAUCGGCAAACAAGCGACUACGAUCUGACUGGGAAAGUAAUGUGCCUCAGGCAGAUGAUGAGGAUGUUCAAUCGGUAUCAUUGGAAGGCAUCAUGAGGACGAUGAUGAAGCAAUUCGCGGAAACCAGACAGCUGAUUGACACAGUACGAAGCGAAAUCAACAAUCAAAUCGUCGCUGUUAAAACAGAAUUAAAGUGUGACAUCGAAUCGUUGAAAGUAGAGUGCACAGAGAAAUUUCAACAACAGGAUGCUGCUUUGGAGUCGCUGGAGAAGAGGGUGGACAAUGUAUCCCAAACACUUGGAGCAUUAGCUAAUCGUAAUGAGCUCAUCAUUAGUGGCAUACCUUUCCAAAACGACGAACGCUUGAAUACAGUACUCGAGGACAUCAGUAAGCACCUGGACAUCAACAGAUCUUCCCUAUUGGCAGCAGCACGGCGUAUGGCACCCAGCAGUAGUUCGGACAAAAACAGCCUCUUCGUAGUUGAGUUUGCACUGAAGUCAACACGGGAUCAGUUUUACAGUGCUUAUCUGCGGAAGCGUGAUCUUAAGUUGAAACACAUCGGGAUGGACUCUGAUCGUCGUAUUUAUAUCAACGAAAGUCUCACCGUCGAAGCAAGGAAUCUGAAAUCGGCUGCGCUGAAUCUGAAGAAAGCGGGUAAACUGACAUCGGUAUAUACCAAGCAUGGAGUGGUCCAUGUGAAGUCUGCAACUGGUGGGCCAUUCAACACGGUACGGUCCGAAGAUGAGCUGGAUAAAUUUUCGUAACUAUGUAUUUCGUUCACUUUGCAUAGCAUGUUUAAGUUGUGAUUGUAUAAUUUGUGUAUUUGGAAUUUGAAGAUUGUAUGUUAGACGAAAUUGUUUCAUAUUUCACAAUAGUUAUGCAGCCCUCUAGAAAUUGCUUCCCCUACUUUACUUGAUGCCACCAUCUCAAAACCACACCUCCACGAACAUUCCGCGAGCAGUGCUCAACGCUGUUCUUCUCCCUGAUAAGCUGAACAUUUUACACGGGAAUGCACAGAGUAUCUGUGCGCGCAACUUCGCGAAGCUUGAUGAAGUACGUGACUUAUUGUCUGCAUCUAAAGUUGAGAUAGCAUGCUUUUCCGAAUCUUGGCUUACGUCUAAGCACAGCGAUCGUAGUAUUGGCAUCUCGGGUUACUCAGUUGUGAGAAAUCAUAGGACAUGUAGGCGUGGUGGAGGUAUAGCUGUUUACUAUAAAGAGCAUCUAACCUGCCACAAAGUUUUCGGUACAACACUGACAGCAGAUGCAGCGGAUAAAACAGAAUGCUUGGCGUUAGAGUUUCGGGUUGGUGAAAACAAAAUUCUUCUGAUAACCAUAUACAACCCCCCA